AUGACGAAAGCGCAUCUUUUCUUAUCGGCGGUGUUUAUAUUGUUAUCGUUUGCAAUAGCGCUAAAUGCACAAAUUUCAAAUAAAGCAGAGUGCAAAGGAAGACCACUAGAUGUGAUAUUUUUGGUGGACAUUAAUGAACGAAAUACCACCACCGAUUUCAACAAACAGCGGAAUAGAAUUACUGAUAUUAUCAGGUAUUUAGAAAAGGUAUCAGUGGAACGUGAUACCUCGUACGGUAUUAUAGCAUUUCAUCAAUACCCCAAUGUUUUACUACCAAUUGUAUCACCAUUUGCUUCUCGACCUAGAAAGGUAAUAGAUUACAUCAAUACACUGAGCGCUCGUACCGAAUUUGACAGCUCACCUGCACAAGCAUUUGAAUUAGCUACACAGCAGUUUAUCAGUAGCCAUCGUCCUACCUCGAACAAAUUAAUCAUCUUAGCUCAUGAUGGUAUAUCUGCUGAUCUGAUAGCUGAAACAGUGGAAGCUAGAAAUAACUUAGAGCGCAUUGGUGUGGCGCUAUUUGCUAUUGCAUCAACAAAGAAUGCAAAUCUUCCGGCUCUUAUAGGUUAUACUACAAAUCGUAAACAUGUAUAUGCGACAGAUUCUGAUCGUAAUGUCUUUUUUGAGGAGUUAGGAAAAACGAUUGCUCGAUGUAUGCAUUUUUCCGAAUCAUUCGAUAGAAAUAGUAAUAUAAACGAUACAACUUUGCAAGCAGUUUUGCAUGCAGCAGUUCGAAUGCAUGGAACAGAAGAAGAAGGACGAAAAAAGAAAUCAAAUUUAGAAGCAGCGUGUAAAGCUAACAAAGUAGAUAUUAUGAUUGCUUUGGAUUCAAGCGGUUCUGUCUUUAAUGUGUUUGAGGAUGAGCGCAAAUUGGUACAUGAUUUAAUUAGUUCUUUGAUACCAGCAGCACUAGAAGAUGGACGUGUCCAGGUAUCUGUGAUACGUUUUGCAUCAUCAGCUGAUGUAGUAAUUCCAUUUAAAAUUAAUCAAACUCCUAAUGAAAUUAUGGAGAAAGUGAAUAAAAUCAAAUUUACCGGUGGCAGUACAAGAAUAGCAAAAGUUGUCAACUUAGCUGUCACAGAUUUAUUACGAUGGCGGAGAGAUGAUGCAAUUCAGAUAUUCAUUUUAAUAUCGGAUGGAAAUGGACAUGAACUUUGGCAUGUGGCGCAAAUGGCUGGUAAAAAUUUACAAAAUGCAAAUGUUGAAGUUUUUGCUGUGCCAAUAAGUCGAGAUCAUAACUUAAAUGAGCUAACACUCUAUACAGGUGAUAUCAAUCGAGUCUAUGUUGAGGCAGAACAAAAUCGAUUUGUUCGAACAAUUUCUUCACUAAUUAAUCAAUGUGUAGGAGCAAACUUACCUGUAGCAAAUGUCACGGAAGGAAGAUUAAGCGUACUUGAUGGUGACACUAUGACUGACGUAAAUUUGAAGUUACAAAAUGAAUUAGCCAAGGAUUCAAUUUCAAAUGUAAAUUCAAAUGCUAAUUCAAAUUUUGCAAAUUCAUUGGAUGAUUUGAAUUUGUCAAUUAUUAAAGCAAAUAAUACUGAAAUGCUAGCAAAUAGCAAAAAAAGGAUCAAUGAAAUUGUGGAAAAAGAACGAAGAAAUGAAGAAAGUAUUACUGCUAAGAUCUUUCAGCCAGUUGCUAAUUUGGAUCUUCUUUUUGCCAUUGAUCUUUCGCCUGCUUCAUCUGAUGAUUUAAAAAAUCAAUUAAAAUUAGCAACAGAAUUGGUUAAUAAAAUGAUCGAUAAAGAUAUCAAUGAAGAGCGAAUCCGAAUAGCUAUUGUAACUUUCAGUCAAGAAGCAAAAUUAAAUCUAGAAUGGGGCAAAGCGACAACCAAAAAACAAAUUCUACAACAUUUCAAAUCUAUCAAAUAUACAAUCAAUAAUUCUUCUUUGGUGAAUGGAAUCACAUUACUAACUCAGUAUGCCGAAAAAUCUCGACGACCAAAUGCUCAACUAAUAAUUAUUUUGAUUUCCGAUGGUAGUAAACAAGAUUCAUGGCAUUCUAUCAUACAAACUGCCAAAAAAUUGCAUGAAUUACACGAAACAAUUACUUAUGCAAUAACAACAAGUAAACAAUAUAGAUUUGCUGAGCUGGAAGCUUUUACAAGAGAUAAAUGGAAAGUUUACGUAGAUGGACGUAUUAACCAAUUCAUUACUGAUACAAGUAAACAACUAAUAAAAGGUAAAAUAGAUGAGACUGAUGAGCUGAUCGAUAUCAGAUCAUUACCAAUUAUCGAAUCUAUUCAAACUCACAAUGAUUCCAUUGAUCUUAUCGUCUUGGUUGACACAUCAAUACUAGCAGAUGAUGAUUUCGAGAAUUCGAAAAAUUUUUUGCGAGAAUUACUUCGAAGUUUACAAAUGAUUGAUUCUCAAUCACGAAUUCGAAUAUUGCUUGUAACAUUCAACGAUAAGGCACACGUUCAAGUGGAAUUGAACAAAUCAAUAAUAAAGGAAAAUAUUUUGAAUAUUGUGGAAAAACUUCAAAAUAAAUAUAGCAAUGUAUCAGUAUCAACAGCUGUGAAUGCUGCAUUACAACAAAUAAACAUUCCUGAUGAAAAUUCUCGACAACACAUUUUUAUAAUUCUUACAGAUGGUAGUACGAAAGAUUCAAUAGAAACAAUCUCUACAACUACUGCUAAACUUCAACAAAUAGGCGCAACGGUAUUUGUCAUUCCAAUCACAAAUAAUUAUUCAAAAGAUGAACUUUCAUUAUAUGCUAGUAAUCAGGAUACAUUUAUAAUUAAUGUUGGCAAUUACAAAAAGAAAUUCACAAAAUACAUACUUUUGAAUGGAAGCAGUUCAGUGAAAAAUGAUUUUAUUGAAAAACCUACUGUUACGACAUUUUUUAAUGAUGAACUUCAAAUUGUAACAAAUAAACCAAAUAUGAUAGUGAAAUCAAUUAUGGAAAAUGAAACACACCAUUCCAUCUUUAAUUUCGAUCAACAUUCUGCAAAAAUGAAAACGAAGAUUGAAAUUGAAGAUCCUAAUUGUUUGGUGGAUCUUAUAUUUAUUGUGGACACAUCGCAAAGUGUUGAGAAAGCUUUUCAAAAACAAUUACAAUUAGCUGCAACAUUGAUAGAACAAAUUCCGCCAUUAGCAUUCAAUGAACGAAUUCAUGUUGCUGCUAUAUCAUUCAGUUCUAAUGCUCAAAUUAAUUUUCAAUUUAAUGAAUUUAACAGUCAAAAAGAGAUAUUAAACGCUUUACUUUCAUUCAUUCAUACCGGUGGGAAUACGUCUUCAGUGAAUGCUGUUAACUUAGCUAUCAAAGAAAUUCAAGAAAGAGGACGAGAAAAUGUUAGAAGAAUGAUUGUACUUAUAUCGGAUGGUUAUAGUCAAGAUCGUUGGGAAGAUCUUUUAGAUGCAUCUGAUCGUCUUCAUGCUAUCAAUGCUAUCAUUUAUGCAAUUUCUGCUGAUUCUAAUUAUUAUUUCCGAGAAUUAGAAUUGUACACAAGAAAUAAAUGGCUAGUAUAUGUGAAUGAUAGUGAAAAGCAAUUUCUGGAAGAUGCAACAAUAUCGCUACUCAAAUGUCAAGAUCCCUCUGCAUCAAUUUUCUCAUUACCUGCACAGAUGGAAUUGAUGACAGAAUUGCCUAAAAAUGCUGAAAACAAAAAGUUAACGGAUGAAAUAGAAUUAACAAGACGAAAAUCUUCAAUUGAUGAUAUUAAACAGAGAAAUAGUAGUAGUGUAAAUCAAGAAGAGAAUCAUUUGAAUAAAAGAGAAGAAGAAUUUACUACUCCAAUGAAUGAUGGUAAAUUUAUGGAAUCAAAACAAUUGGCAAAAUCAUUGGAAUCAAAGAAAUGUAAAUAUUCAAAAAUGGAUUUGGAAAUAAUUUUGGAUGCAUCUAGCAGUCGUCAACAAGUCUUUGAACAUCAACGUGAAUUAGCUCUUUCACUUAUUGAACGCUUACCCAUUGAUGCUGACGAAACUCACGUAGCAGUGGGUAUAAAUUCAUUCACUUCCGUGCCUACGUUACGUCAAACACUUGGUUUGGGUAGGGAUAAACAGAUGGUACGUCGUGCAAUUGAAGAUAUCAAAUACAAUGGUGGAAGUACUUUUACUGCUCAAGCUGUUGAAUUAUCAGUGCAAGAUUUGCAGAGAGGAAGAAGAUCGGAUGCUAUACAAGUUGUUGUUUUGAUGAAUGAUGGAAUGUCACAAGAUCCAUGGGAGAAGGUACUUGAAACAAGUAAACUUUUAAAAAAUACUGGUGCAGAGCUAUUUGGUGUAGCACUUGGUGAAAGUAUUGAUUUACGCGAGUUAAAACAUUAUAUUGGUGAUAUAAAUCGAAUUUAUAGAGAUAAUUCUACCGAAAGAUUUUUAACGGAUAUAGUCUCAUUGCUUACUGGUGGAGAAGAAUGUAGUAAAAAGAUUGAUGCUGUAAAUUUGAAUAAUACAAAAGUGCUAAAGAAAAAUUUGAACAGUCAAAUUUGCACUACUCCUAAUUUGGAUAUUAUUAUUCUAUUUGAUAAUGCUAUUAAAAAAAUCAAUCAAAGUGAACAAUCGAUCUCUUCCAAUCGUUAUCUUUUAUUAGAUGUUCUUGGAUCGUUACCAGUGAUAAAACAUAAUGAUCCAGUGAAGAUCACCGUGAUAACAUUUAGCAGACAACCGCAAUUGGUGGUUAGUAUGAGUGAUCUACAGAAUAGAGAAAGUAUUUUCACAAAAAUGGAAUCAAUUAAACCUAAAAUUGGCAAAUCAUCUUAUGCUAAGGCUAUUAAUUUUGCACUACAGGAAUACAAGAAAGGACGUAAAGAUGCCCGUGGUAUGCUUAUUAUUGUUGGUGAUGGGCAUUCAGAAGAUAAUCCAAAGGAGCGUAGUAAUGCUAUUAAGCAUUUACGUGCUGCAAAAAAUCUUAGCACAUAUGCAGUAGAUAGUGGUAAAUUGAUAAAUGUUGAAAUAUUAUCAAAAUAUACAAAUUCAUCAGAUAAUGUCUUCAAUUAUGAUCGUAAUGCUGUAUUUGCUAAAGUAAUAUUUGAUGCUGUUGAAGCUGCUAAUAAAGCUCGAUGUGCUCGGAUGUCAUCACAUGCUAAUCAAUUUUCUACAAUAACUACUACUACUACAACUACUCGUAGUAGUACUUCUUCUGCACAUAAAAAUCAAACUUUAGAACGAAAAAAAGAUAUUGGUAGUAAAUUGGAAUAUAAUUUUAAACGAUUCGAAGGUGAAAAGGUUAUUAUCAAAGAAGAAACUACUGUAGCAAGUAUUGAAAUUUCAAAGCCUACAACUAAACUGAAAAAAUCUACAACUAAACGAAAUAUUACAAAAGAGAAAUCUAUCGCAGUGUUAAAUAAAUUAGAGAAAAAGAAUGAAACAUUAUUAUUGGAUGGAAAAAAUUCGAAAGAAAAACAACUAAAAGAAAUAUCAGAAAAUUUACAUCGUUCUACUCAAACAACUUCAAAUUUCAAUUUCAAGCAACAUUCUUUAAGUACCACUUUUAAACCAGAUGGUACUACUACUACUACUAUUCCAUUACCUGGUUGCGAGAUUGAUGUUAUUAUGCUUAUCGAUUCAUCAGGUUCGGUAGAGAAAACAUUUAAUCGUGAGAAGGAACUUGCCGCAGAAAUAAUAAAUCGACUUCGAAUAGGCGCAAAUAACGCACAUGUAGCAAUUGUUAAAUUUGCAGCAAAAGAGAAAGUAAAAACAGUUUGGUCAUUUGAUAAGCCACAAGAGAAAGAAAAAGUGCUAAAAGUACUUCAUGAAAUUUCUUUUAGCAGUGGUACAACAGCAAUACAUACUGCACUUUUACAGGCAAUAACAGAAUAUUCAACAAAGAAAGGUGCAAGACCAGAACAAGCAAUACCACUUGUAAUUAUAUUCACCGAUGGUUUUGGACAAAAAGAUACUACAGAAGCAGCUAGUUUAUUAAGAAAUUUAAUUCCAAAUAUAUUUGCUAUUGCAAUUGGUAGCCAGCAUCCGGUGAACGAAGAAGAAUUAAUAAAAAUUGCUGGUUCAAAAGAUCGAGUGUUUAUGGAUAAUGAUACCAGAAAAUUGUUUGAAAUGCUAGAAAGGAUCCUUAGGACAUGUUGA